AUGACCACCGUGCUGAUUUCCAGAGACAAACUGUGUCACUCCCUCCAGCUCCAUCUGCUUGCGUGUCUCCUUGGUAAUGGUGUGGUGCCAGAGCAGUGGAUGCAGCGGCUGCGUAGUGAUGCCCUGGCAGCUUACAGAAGGAAACAUCCACAGUCUCCACCACAAGGGGAGAAAAUGUAUGCUGUAGUAAAUUUCAUCAGUAGCAACAAUCUGUCCAGAGUGGGAGCCCAUGGUGUUAGCUCUCUGCCUCUAACAGAAUGAGAGGUUAUGGACAAAGGAAUACAGUACUAUCUACUUCCUGGUCAAAAGCCAGUAUGGGACAUUAGUGACACCUCUCCUCGUAGAGGUAUCUGAUGAAGAGCUACUUGAGUCCUUACAGCAGUGUUUCCCAAACUUGGUCCUCGGGACCCCAAGAGGUGCACGUUUUGUUUUUUGCCUUAACACUACACAGCUGAUUCAAAUGAUCAAAGCUUGAUGAUUAGUUGAUUAUUUCAAUCAGCUGUGUAGUGCUAGGGCAAAAACCAAAACGUGCACCCCUUGGGGUCCCCAGGACUGAGUUUGGCAAACCCUGCCUUACAUCCUCCAGGGAAGAAGCAGAUGUAGAUUGUUUCAGUUUAAUAAGCUAGUAACAUAAAAAGCCCAAACAACAUGAUGGUGAUGUUUGUUUUUAAUCCUUUUAUUUUUUCAUACAGGCAGACAAAGAAAAGCACAUGCGAGCAGAGUGUUUUAUGGUGCACGAUGUACUGUAUUAUGAUGUGGUGGAAUGCAGUAAUACACUAGAAGACAGGGAGGAUGCUGAGAUCACUCCACAGGCGAUUAUGUAUCAACCUUGCAGAGAACGCCUCUAUGGCAUUGAGUUACCUUCAAAUCCAUGUUUUGUAUAUUAUUACGUGGUUAUUACAAAAUGACAUAUGGCAUGUUGAUUGUUACAUGGUUAUUACAAAAUGACAUAUGGCAUGUUGAUUGUUACAUGGUUAUUACAAAAUGACAUAUGGCAUGUUGAUUGUUACAUGGUUAUUACAAAAUGACAUAUGGCAUGUGGAUUAUUACAUGGUUAUUACAAAAUGAUAUAUGGCAUGUUGAUCAUUACAUGGUUAUUACAAAAUGACAUACGGCAUGUUGAUCAUUACAUGGUUAUUACAAAAUGACAUACAGCAUGUUGAUCAUUACAUGGUUAUUACAAAAUGACAUACAGCAUGUUGAUCAUUACAUGGUUAUUACAAAAUGACAUAAGGCAUGUUGAUCAUUACAUGGUUAUUACAAAAUGACAUACGGCAUGUUGAUCAUUACAUGGUUAUUACAAAAUGACAUACGGCAUGUUGAUCAUUACAUGGUUAUUACAAAAUGACAUACGGCAUGUUGAUCAUUACAUGGUUAUUACAACAGGUUAUUUGUUGCCAGUUUUACUACCAGGCACCAUCUCAAUGAAACAGGAAGUACACAGAAAUACAUUGUACAUCUUUGGAUACAUUUCUUGCCAUUUAUCAUGCAUCUUUUCUCAGCAGUGGUGGACGGGCCCUCGCUGGAUGCCUCUGGUAUGUUGUGAAUUCUUAACAUUAAUUUAAUAACAUGUGGAAUAGGUGAUUUCAUAUUGAUGCAAGGUGCUGUAGAUGGAUUUAUCUCACCCUGAAAUAAUAUUUUCCAGAUUUUAAGGUUUUAUGUUCUGGGAAGGACUCUGAAACGAUAUGCCUCCGCAUCACCACCUUCUUGGCAGUAUUUGAGUUGGAUUAAUUCUCAGUGGAACAUGAUCGUCUGGAAGGCUCUCUGAUGGCUGUGCUGUGCCUUUUGACCUACAUUGCCAUGCAG